AUGCGAAGACAACGCAAACUCAACUCGUUGAGACGGCACUAUAAUGAGUCGAACCUCAAUGGACCUAACAAGGUACAUUGGGCUACCACAGAUCCUAGGACUGUGUCACCACUGUCUUCCGUCUCACGACGCAAAAGUGUCAGGCAUGCUACUACAGGGCAGAGGUCUAGCACCACAGCUCGCACCCCUUCUCCCUCAUCGAAAAGCAGCCAGACACGGAAACCAUCUUUAGGAUUCGACCCUGCACGAGAUGCCUCGAAACUGCCAUCAGGCCUAUGUUCAAAAUGCUUCGAAAUUGCACUCUGGCAUUUCCAAACAGAGAACAUCAAGGUUCAACAUCAUCGCAACUUCGUCGAUCUGGUCAAAUCGGCCAGAAGCUGUGUUCUGUGUCUCAUCUUCGCGAAGCAGGCACCUGUUCCCCCACCAAAUGCGAACUUCACUUACGACGGCACCAAGCAGAUCGUGCUGUCAGCCACAAAUCGAAAGCUGGACCUGGAAGCUGGGAUGCCUGGUUUAGCUCUGGAAGAUCUUAUUGUGCACAUUCCGAUCACAAGAAAAGACGACCAACGCAAUCUGACCUUACCAGUGCAAGCACAACUUGUGGCACCUCACAACAGUCUAGCGGCUAGAUCGGGCGACGUAGUCCGCCGCAGGAGUCACGGUGGGACAAAUGUCGAUUGCGCAGUUGAAUGGCUAGCGGAAUGUGCUCUGAACCACAAGGAAUGUCGUAAGUCUACAGAUCUGAUCGGCAGCCUGAUGUAUGCAGUCCCUCCGAGGUUGCUCGACGUUGGCAUGGACGACAGUUCCACUGUCAAACUCGUCUCUACCGACCACAGCUUCGUCAGCCCAUACGUCGCGUUAACUUACACCCGAGGAGAAUCCAAAAUUGCUAGUACGAAUACUGCAAAUUUUGCUCUGCGACAACGGUCCAUCGGUCCAGAGAAGUUCAACAAGACCUUCAGGCAGGCCAUAUCAAUCACACGUUCGUUAGGCUUCCGCUAUCUCUGGAUCGAGGCAUACUGCAUCCUGAUGGACUCGUCAGAGGAUCGUACGAAACAUGUUCCGAGGAUGGGUAUCAUAUUUCAUAAUGCUGCUUUGACAUUGUCCGCAUCCGUCUCCGCUUCGGCGGACGAAGGUCUGAUACGUUACAAGUCAAAGUCCUUGCCCGAGGUCAAGAUACCAUAUCGCAACAAAGACGGCCUUCCGCUAGGUCAUGUCUUCGCCACAACGUACAAGCCAAGAAAUUUCCACGGCGAUGUGACCAAGGGUGAUCUGAACCAGCGUGCAUGGUGCCUGCAAGCACGCGCACUUUCGAGAAGAAUACUACACUUCGGAUGGGACCAGCUGUUUUGGGAGUGCGAUGCGGGUGUAUGGUGCGAGGAGUCAUCACUCAUGUCACCCUCGAAGUCGUUGAGAGAUCCUCUCGUAGAAUGGCGGGCAAGUCUUGUCAAGUACAAACACGGCAGAGAACCGGAGGAAAUCAGGCGCAUCACGACAGGAAAGACAAGUCGCCCUACCAGUGCCCUUUGUGACGUUCCGAAAAUCUACAUGCUGUGGUACAGCCUGGUCGCACAGUACACUAGCCGGAUCCUGCCACGGGAGAAGGACAAGAGCAGUGGUAUUGCAGGUCUAGCAUACGUGUUUGCAUGUCUAAUAUCUCAAAGACAGACGCAUACUGGUCCAAGCAAGGCCAAGGCAGACACCUACCUUUGCGGUCUGUGGCAGAACGACUUGCCGUUCGGUUUGCUGUGGUCCGCUGGUUCGUUCCACAAGUGGCGCAACAAGUUUGUUAAAUAUCCUUCAUCACCAAGAGCACCAAGCUGGAGCUGGUUCAGCAUUGACGGACCUUUGCAGUGGCCAGAUGGCGUUGUCUUCAGCAGUGGUUCGUUCACAGGAAGGUCGUUCAUGAAACUGCUGCAAGUGGGCACCCACCACGACAAGCGAACCGAUCACCAGUUCUCAACAUUACGAGUGCGGGGCAAGAUAGCCUUGCUGUCGAGAUUGUACGGCUUCCGAUCCGAGGACUCGGAAUGGAAAAGAGCUGCCAGGGAACAAGAUCUUGCAAACCAUGGCAACAGCCACGAAGACGCUGAAGGUCCCAUUGGUCUACCAUGCGCCAUGUUCGAUUCUGCGGAAGUCGCACGAGUAUGGACGCUGCUUCACGGAUCAAACGGAGAUCGUCCCAGUACUGGGUCCUCAAGCGCGGAACACACAACAUCGACACGGUCGCAAGGUUUCUUCAGCCGUAGUGGCAGAUCAGGCACAACAAGACGUGACUUGACUGCGACGCAACCGAACCUCCUCCACGACCAGCAGAAGGACUUUGUCGCUCUCCUAGUCAUACCUGCCGGUUGCUCUCAAGCCGAUUGCCAAGAUCACAGCUUUGACAGCGCCAGGCUAUCUGGCACACUGCCACUUCCAGCAGAUACUGCAUUCCGGGCAAAGAAUAAUUGUGGACAGGGACUUGCAUAUGCUUUGAUUUUGUAUCCUAGUUCAAUGGGUGAAGGCCUAUUUCGGCGUGUGGGUAUUGCGCAGGUGCGGAUUGCUGAUUUUGCGACAGUUGAGCGGAGAAGAGACCGGGAAAUUGUGAUUGUAUGA